CUUUAAUGGAACCUUCAUCAUCUACUAAACAGUCCAAACUCUGUAUAAUCUCUUUUCUUUUCCACUAAUCUCAUUUUCAAUACUGUUUCCGUACUGCACUCACUAUUCAAAAUUGUUUUCACAAACCCCACAAAUGUGUUUCUUUUGGUUAUAAAUUGUUGGCCUUUACUUGUCUCAGACUUCAAUUAAGGUUUACUCUGAAAUGGACUUGCACAAGCUUCCAUUGGUGGUUUUACUUUUCUCGGUUUUUUCUCUUUUAAGUUUCAUAGCACUCUGUGAUGACUCAGAGCUCACUGUGAAGUUCUCGAAGACUCCCCAUGCAUUCUCAAAUCUCAACUCAACCGUAUUCGUCUUUGAAGUUCAUGUGGGUGGGAAUGGUGCUUGCACCAAUUGUAAUAUCACUUGCAAGUUGGAUGAUGGCUUUGGCCGCAUUAAUGCUUCUCAAUGUGAAAAUGGGACGGUUUUGUGUGAAGGCUUGCAGGAUGGAAAUCAUAAAUUUGAGGUUUGCCCCAACGGGACUCAAGGAGUUGGCUGCAGUAGCUAUGACUGGACUGUUGAUACUGUCCCGCCAACGGCAUAUAUCUCAACCUCAACACCUUUCACAAAUGCUCUGAAUGCUUCUAUAAAUAUAUCUUUCAGUGAACCUUGUACUGGUGGAGGAGGCUUUGUAUGUUCGUCUGUGAAUGCCUGCAAUCUUUUGGUCGAUGGUGCUGGCCAAGUUAUACCAAACUCGCUCAAAACUCUACAGCCAAACCUCCAAUAUUCUAUCCUUGUGGGUUUAUCAUCCACUGCUCAGUCUGGGCGAGUGAUUUUGGUAAUGGAUAAGAAUUUUUGUACUGACAGUGCAGGGAACAAAUUUGAAAGAAACAAGAAUUCUAAUUUCACUCUGCAUUUCGAUAGACGAAGUAUCAACUUUACUACUCACGUUCCCGAAAGGCAACUUCAACUUCAUGGUGAAACUAGACUGAUACGAGCAACUAAUAACUGUACUAAACUAAAGAUCUGUUUAACCUUUCCAGAGCCUAUUCUCAACACAUCUGAAGAAAUUAAAAAUUCUCUCAAAGCAGAAAUUUUAUGUUCUCUCCAAAUGAGUCAGGGCUCACUUCUUCCUCUGGUUGACACUAAAAAAUAUGAAGGGCCUAGCAGAUUUGAAUUUAAGGUUGCUGCAUGUAUAUCUGACACGGCUGUAGUCACAGUAAGCGUUGAUUCAAACUCUAUAAUAAGCAGACACAGGACUCCAGUUUCCCCAGUUGAACCAGUUACUUUCCUAUAUGAUUCUCUGAGGCCUAAUGUAACGUUGAUUACACUACCUUCCGAAUCUCCGAGGCCUUCUGUAAUGCUGAGUACACCAUCCCAUAUUUGGACAAGAGAACACAACAUCACUAUGUUGAUCAAAUUCGGGAAGCCUGUAUUUGGCUUCAACUCUUCUAAAAUAUCAAUCACAGGAGGGCAUUUACAGAGCUUUCAAGAAUAUAGUAAAGGCAUAUAUACUGUAGUGAUAAAAGCAGACCAAGAUACUGUAUCUGUCAAUGUUCCCGAAAACGUAACUGGGGAUGUUACUGGAAACAAAAAUCUGCCUUCCAAUGUUCUACAAGUAAGGCACUAUUCUGUGCCGAAAAUAACUCGUGUGAUUCUUGGGCUUGUAACUACAUCAAUUGUGGUGACAUUUAUUCCUGCUGGGCUCAUUACGGUUUCAAUAGCAAGCAUUGACUCCAUUGGGGAAUUUUCGAGUCCAUUUUCUUCUUUAUCUCGUCCUGAGAGUAAUCUUUUUAGAAUUGUAUGCCAUCUUCAGGUUUUUGCACUAUCUAGAUGGUUGGCAGUGAGACUGCCAGUGGAGUAUUAUGAAUUUGCAAGGGGUUUACAAUGGAGCAUUCCCUACUUUAGUCUUCCAUGGGAAACUGGCCACAUUCCCUACACUGUCAAGACAAACUCGAGUCUCCCUGACAACACACAUUCCUACAUGUCUAAAAUUCCUUAUUCAGGAAUCUUUCCGGGUGAGCAGAUGAAACCAAAGAGUUUUAAUAGGGCCGGGUUACCGCUGGCUGCAAGGGCAUAUGAUUUAUUCAUUGAGAGACUAGACGCUGAAUAUGAUUUUAAUCCACAUAUUCUAAAUGGGUGGAGGGAUUUUUAUAGAAGCACGUUCUGGUUAGCUAUAAUUGGUGGCAGUUUCAUACAGCUGCAUGCUUUACUCCUUGUCAUCCUAAAAUUGAGGAAGCGAAAUUCUGAAAUGCAGAGGGGUUAUGGAGUACUCACAUUCCCAAGAUUUGAAAUAUUCCUUGUAAAUCUUGGGCUACCUUGUAUUUGUGAGGCCUCUGCCUCUCUAAUUAGAGGAGGAACGGCAUUGGGGAUUGUUGUUGGCGGUCUGCUUCUGGGUGCUGUGUCUUUUCUACUCCUGGCCUUGCUCUUGUUCCUCUCUAGAGGUAUUACAUUUGAAAAGCUACUUCAAUACAAGGAAGUUCAUCAAAAGGGCCGGGGUUUUCACUGGUAUCAAGAAAUAGUCCGAGUAUUUUUGGUUUCUGGUAGGAGAGGCCAGUGGACAUGGAAAAACCAGCAGAAUUCUAAUUACUUAACCAUCUUAGGGCCUCUAUUUGAAGAUUUUAGAGGCCCUCAAAUGUCCAAUCUCUCACAAAUUUCUGAGGGCAGUUCCCAUAUACAAGGUGCAGUUCACGAAACUGAAGAUGAAGCACCUUUUAUCCAAAAGCUGUUUGGAAAAUUCAGAAUAUGCUACACAUUGCUUGAGUCCGUUAUCCGAAAGUUGUGUGGAAAACUCAGAAUAUACUACACAUUGCUUGAGUCCGUGAGACGUGUUUUGCUAGGGGUUAUGGCUGGUGCCUAUAUGGAGAACCCGUCUUCUAAGAUUCCCUCCAUAAUCUUCUUAUGCAUCACUUUUUUUCAGCUCUUCUUCCUUGUUCUCGAGCCAUUUAUUAAGAAAAGUAUUCAGUGGAUUGAGAUCAUGUCAAUUUUGAGUGAAGCAGGUGUAUCUGUUAUUUAUUUUGUUCUCUCAGAGAUAGAAUUGCAAGCCAAGUAUGGGAGAGUUGGAGUGCUCAUGCUUAUAGUUUUCCUAGUGGGAUUUUUACCACAGAUGAUGAAUGAAUUGUGGGCUUUGUAUAAACAGAUAAAGCUGCUGGACACUGCUGAGAACCGUUUCCUAACCGGUUUGAAGAUAGUUUCAUUUGGAUUAGCUCUGCUUUUCAUCUCAGAGGAGUUUUUAUUAAGCAGAUGGUUCCCCCAUUUAAAGGAUAAUAUUGCAGACUCCAACUCUCAACCAACCUCUGCUGCAGAAAAAGAUACAGCUACCCCACAUUUAAAGGAUUAUAUUGCAGGCUCCAACUCUCAACCAACCUCUGUUGCAGAAAAAGAUACAGUUACCCCACGUUUAGAUGACAAUAUUGUAGACUCCAACUCUUAACCAACCUCUGUUGUAGAAAAAGAUACGGCUACCUCUACCUCUGAUCAAAUCAAAUCCCUACGUCAGGAUUGAACUCAAAUUCAUAUCGUGGAUAAAGAUAACUUCAGAUUAUGUAAAUCUCUUUGUUAUACAGGGCUUUUAUCAACUGAUUGUAUAGAAAGAGGUCUCAAGAUGUUUAGAGAGAGCAAAUAGUUUUCUGCAAAAUAAUUUGAACCAUACAUAAGUUAAUGGGGAUGAAGAGACUAGUCCUUCAGCUGAAAUUAACAUAGGAACUCUGGGAGUAGGAACAAUAACAAGAACUCUUGAAGUAGGAACUCGGGAACAAUGGUUCCAGAAAAAUCAUGGUUACACCAACACCACUCUUUGAUUUAUUGGGUGCUAUCUUUAGUUGCUUAGUUGUUAUUUGUUAGGAGGAUAGACUUGUACCCUUUUAUCCUUGGCAUUGUUUUAGCUUAUCAUUUGUUUUAGUUCAACUCAACUUUAUCUCAUUGUUGAGUUAGGUUUUCAAGCAUGUAAAGCAUCUGUAAAAACCUAUGAACAAUGAUAAUAGAUUAUUAUCAGAAUGUUUAUGAGAAAAAUCAAGCUUAUGAAAUUUCUUUGACGUUUACUUGCCAUCCAUAUUUCUCUCUUUUGUCACCAUAGCGCCGCUUGUCAAAAAAGGUGCAGCUCGCGGCCGAGGAGUUGUAACAAAGGCUAGCUUUAGUAAAAGAUGAAAGGGGGCUCCAAAUGAUCCAUCAACCAGUCAUGCAAGAUGGAGUGGGUUCUGGGGCAUGCACUAAAGGUAGUGGAAGCCCUACUUUAAAUACAUCUUCUGAUUACAAGCGAAAACAAAGCGGAAUGUACUAUGAUUUAGGAGCCAUUUUUGCAUUCAAGUGAAAUCAGAACACAUCAUUGCAUUACUGGUUUCAUUGCAGUUUCUUUAUCCAUUCCAACCGCGCGCUGAUGCAGUGCUGGCUCCACUACUUUUUGAGACGUAAUGAGAAAUGAGUGAUU